CAAUAUGGUGUAACGUUAGCCCCUGAAUAGUAAAAAUAAAAAGGCUAUCUUUUCCUAUAAAGAAACUAUAAAAGGGUUGUUUUUAAGAUUUUCUUGAAAACAUUUUGAUUUUCAGUUUGAUUAUCAAAUUCUUGUUCUUUGCUCUGUUCCUUCAAAUCUGUCUGAAUGCAUAGCUUCGCCGCUAAACCCCUCAAUUUCAAAACCCCAACUCCCUUCCACCCUAAACCACCAUUCUCCACACUCUCUCCUUCCCAUUGCUCCUUCUUCACCUCAUCCCCCAACUUCACCCUCCAAACCCCUCUUCUCCAAGUUCACAGCCUUAACCCUAACUCCACUUCGGCGACUUCUCUCAAUGGCUCCACCUCACUCCUCCAACAUACAAACCCCAAGAACGGAGUCGCACUUAAAGCCGUUGACGUUUCCACCCUUGGCAAUCUCUGCGUCGAUGUUGUCCUCAAUGUUCCCACUUUGCCCCCAUCAAACAAAGAGGACCGUAAAGCUUAUAUGGAUAGUUUAGCUGCCUCGGCUCCCGAUAAGCGAUAUUGGGAAGCUGGUGGGAACUGUAAUGUGGCAAUAGCAGGUGCUAGAUUGGGAUUAAACUGUGUUGCUAUUGGUCAUGUGGGUAAUGAAAUAUAUGGAAGUUUUCUUCUUGAUGUGCUUCAUGAUGAAGGAAUUGGAUUUGUUGAGAUGAAUGAAGAUAAUGAUUUGGUUAAGAGUUCUGCUGGUUCAUAUGAAACUCUUCUGUGUUGGGUUUUAGUGGAUUCAAUGCAAAGACAUGGCUUUUGCAGUCGAGCUGAUUUCAGUAAGGACCCUGCUUUUAGUUGGUUGAGAAAACUAUCUGCUGAUGUGAAAAUGGCUAUAAAAAACUCAAAGAUUCUGUUUUGCAAUGGUUAUGGCUUUGAUGAGCUUCCACCUGGAAUAAUUGUCUCUGCAUUAGAGUAUGCUAUUGAAGUUGGAACGGCAGUGUUUUUUGAUCCCGGACCUCGGGGAAAGAGUCUUUCUGCUGGAACAAUGGAAGAACAGCAAGCACUUAAUCAUCUCUUAAUGAAGAGUGAUGUCCUUCUUCUAACAGCUGAUGAGGCUGAGACUCUUACUGGCAUAGAACAUCCGAUAUUAGCUGGGCAGCAACUACUCAAGCAAGCAGUGCGCACGAAAUGGGUGAUUGUAAAAAUGGGCUCAAAGGGUUCGAUUUUGAUUACUAUGUCAAGUCUAUCAUUUGUACCUUCGUUCAAGGUGGAUGUUGUGGAUACAGUUGGUUGCGGGGAUAGUUUUGUAGCUGCUAUUGCAUUUGGUUUUAUAAACAGUUUGCCGAUGGCUAGUACGCUGUCAAUUGCAAACGCAGUUGGUGCUGCAACUGCUAUGGGUUGUGGUGCUGGUAGGAAUGUGGCAAGCUUGGAGAAAGUAGUAAAACUAAUGAAGGAAUCAAAUUUCAAAGACGACGAUAUGUUUUGGGAGGAGUUGUUUAAUGUAAAUUUGGAUGUAGAGGAAGUUACAAUUCUUUCAAAAAUGGCUACAAAGGGAAACAACAAUAAUAAGAUGAUUUGUGUUUCGCCUCAAAGCGUUGUCUCUGAAUUGCUUCCUACUUUUGAAUCUCGGCUUUUAGAAGGUAAAGGUUCCAUCUUGAAGGAGCAUAUGGGAGUAUAAUGAAAGAGGCACAUUUUUGGUAUAGCUCAUUUGUGAUUGCUCAUUUUUAGAGGACAGGGGGAAAGCAUUGAUUAGAGGUGACGAUAUCAUAGCGGUUUUGCUUAGUAUUUUUCAGGAGAUAGUUUUGUUUCGGUGCUUGUUGAAGCCAUGGCAGAGAGCUUCUUCUUCUUCUAAGUGGGUUUCAGAAAGUACUUGUAUUCUUUGCACCAUUACAACCUUGUUGGUGUAGUCUAUUAUGAUUGCGUAAGCAAAUGCAAUUUUAUAUGUUGUAUAAAAGAAAGUAGUUUCACUAAAGAAUUUUACAUCUUUUUCUUUUUGAAGAGAAAAAUAAAAAUUGUUAGGAAUGAAGAAAA